GUGAGUAACCUGUUUAUCGUCAGCCUAGCAGUCGCCGAUGUCAUCGUCGGCAUCAUCGUCAUGCCGAUGAGCGCCUUCUAUAUCUUCACGGAGAGAUGGAUGCUGGGCGUGGCCGUCUGUCAGAUCUGGAUAGGCGUGGAUUACACGGCGAGCACCGCCUCCAUCCUCAACCUUUUUAUCCUCAGCCUCGACAGGUACUGGUCAGUUCGCCAGCCCCUAAAAUAUUUGCAUAAGCGGACUAAGCGCCGGGCCAUGACCAUGAUCGGCAUCGUGUGGGCUGUGUCCUCUCUCUGGAUCAUCCCGAUAUCAAGCUGGCACUACUUCGCCCACGGCGGGGUCCGAACUGUGGAGAACGAAAAAUGCGACACGGAAUACGCAAAAAACUCCGCUUUCAAACUCGUCACGGCCUUCUUCAACUUCUACCUGCCAGUGUCGGUCAUGUACAUCUUAUAUUUUAGAAUCUUCAUCGCCAUCAGGAAGCGUUCAGAGUUUGAGCUCGGGCAAAGGAACCCUGGCGGCACCGUACUUUCGUACAAAUCCAACGUUCCCAAUUCUCUGGACGAGAGUGACUGCAACGAUGACCUGUCGUGCAGUCUUGAUCACCGUCUCCCGGGUGGGAUCGAGAUAAGACCACGGGAAAAUGGUACCCGGCCUCAUCUGCCGUCCGGUGCAAGGAACCUUCGUGUUCUGACUAUGAAAAGGCACACGGCCCCUUGCUCGUUCAGAGAAGCCAACUCCGCCCCGUACAAGGUGGAGUACAUCUACGAUGAAAACGUUAUCGAUCCUCAAACUGAGAAAAUAGAACGCUACUACUACGAAGACCACUACCCUAUACCAUGCCUCUCCCGCCCAACGUGGGUGGUUGGUAGUGAAAAGUAUACGUCGUCGUCUCAUCGUCAAGGGCGGCAUCGUAGUCCUCGAGAUUACGCAUCGCCGCUGAAGCUUCAGUCCUCGUCUUCGGUAGCUGGUUGUGGUAUGGCGUCUAAAGAUCAAAACCAGCAGACGCUACCAAGCUAUCUGGCUGUAGGGUACAAAAACAGCGCUGUGGUUAAGAGGAGCUUGUUCCGCCGUCAAAGAGCUGCCAACAAUGCAGGCUUGAGCAGCAUCCGGCUAGAGAGCUACAGGAAAUACGAACCGGAAGAGCCAUGUUUCCCGCCAUCGAUUUUCAACGAGCCCGCCAACGUAUCGUCGUCCUCUUCGUCUUCCGCGAGCACCUUCGGGGACGAUCACCGCAACAACGACAGUAGCCGUGACAACUGUCGCUCGGACAAAUUAACCCACAGGGAGAACUACUCUGUCGUGGGCGGCGUGAGGAAGAUUCGCCAAGUGGAGACCUUUCUCGACAAAACAGUUGGUCUGGGCCCCAUAGCCCCACCGAGCGUGGACGGGUCUUCGAGGAAUGGAGACGACUUCGACAGCGUUCUGACGCUGCACGACGAUAAAAACCGGCGACUGACCGGGGGCGUCACCGGCCUGAAGGAACGGUUGAAAACAAUGAGGCAGAGCUCAUCUCUGAACAAGGAGAUCAAAGCGGCCAGGCAGCUCGGGGUCAUCAUGGGGGCGUUCACGCUCUGCUUCCUGCCCUAUUUCAUUCUAUUUUUGGUGGUGGCGUUCUGCGACGACUGCGUCAAGCCGGCGCACUUGACUGCGGCCACGUGGGUGGGCUAUCUCAAUUCGACGCUGAACCCUUUCCUCUAUCCGCUUUGCAACGCCAAUUUCCGAAACAGAUUCAAGAGCAUGCUGGGC